UGCAUAGCAAAAUUAAAUGGUGCUUCAUCGAGUUUUCAAAGUAUAAAACCCACGAGUUUCUUCAUACAUUAAAGUGAAUUGUUUUAAGUUAUGGAUUGUUGAGUUAUUAGUUCAAAAAUUAUGUAAUUACGUUGUGUUUGAAAGUGUUGUUUAUUGAAAUAACAAUUUCCCUCCAAAUAAUCUAUUGUGCUUGCCUAGUGAAAUUCUACUUCCGAUAAUAUGCCUCUGCUGAAGAAAAAGCCUCUUGAAAAGUAUACUAUCACAGACUAUCUUCGCGAUGACGAGGAGGUUUUUUAUUGUGAAAUCACAGAUGAAAUAUUUCGUGAUUAUGAGGAGUUCUCUGAAAGGAUGUUCUUGUACAAUUCGAUGGUAUGGACAUGUUCAAUGACAGGAAAACAAAAUUUGACCUACCAAGAAGCCCUGGAAAGUGAAGAAAAUGCAAAACAGAGUCUCAAAGAGUUCCCUGUUGAGCUGCGCUUGCCUAUUCUAUACUUGGCCAGCAAAACUUUAAGAACUUCUUUUGGUGAUAUGGCAGAAGAUGUGUUUAUGUAUGUCAAAGACAGGUAUUUUAUUGGUGAGAACUUAGAAACUUCCUUUACUGGAUCCAAGUGGAAGGAUUCUCAUGUUUUGCAAGUUAUUGCACCUCCAGCAGACAAAAUUGGGAGUCCCAAAAAAUCACAAAAAAAUGGGAACAACACUGAUCGAAACUAUUGGCCACCUGCUAACCUAUUCAAAUAUGAAAUUGAGCACCUUGAUGCAGAUGACAAUGAUAUAAGUGAAAUAAUGAUAGUUGACUGCAACCAGAUCCGUAGAAAAAAGACAUAUUUCAAUAGAGACAAAUGCAAGCUGUUCCUAAAACAGUAUGUGGAACAUGAUAGCACAGGACUUUUUGUGAUAAAACCUUCAGUGGUUGAAGAUUUUGGAUUGGCAAAGAUGAAGUUUGAUCAAAUUUUUGAUGGACCUCCUCCAAAUUUUGAGGUGUCCAAGAAAAGAGAAAAAACCCAGAAUGGUAAAAAGAAAUCCAAGCAAGAAACCCUAGCAAAAUUCUUGACAAAAAAUAAUGGGUCCAGCUCUGGAGGUACUAAAGAACCUGUUGCUGGUAAAAAAAAUCUUCUGGAGGAAAUGAAGAAGAGAGAACAAGAGUUCAAGGUAAAGAAACAGCUGAAGGAGGAGGAGAAAUUGGCUUUGAAGAAAAAACAUAAGUUGAACAGCAUCAAGUUGAAUAAUGUUGUUAAAGAUUGGUUGAAGCAGAAAGAAGAUUUGGAUUUGGAAGAUCAAAAGGUACUACCAGUCCCUAUCCCGGUGAAAUCCAAAGUGCCCGACGAGCAUUUCGGCGACAUGCUGAUGGUGAUGGAGUUCGUCGAUUCGUUCUCCAAGCUGCUCUCCACCAAGGACUUCUUUCCCGGCGGCUUCACCAUGGAGAUCAUGGAGAGAGCGCUCACAGAGAACGAGGUCGCCGGACCUCUCACCGACAUCAUCCAGAUGUUCCUCACCGCGCUGUUCAAUGCUCAGGACGAGGAGUCGGGGCAGUACAGGACGGCACUCGAAAGUGCAGCCGAAAUAAAAGAGGAAGAAGUAUCAAACAAUCUCAGUCUAACGGACGCCACGCGACUGGCAACAUUGGCCUCGAGUUGGAGCAACAGGUACCAAGGACUUCCUCUAGGCAGGUUACCCCUGUAUUCUGUCACCGUGUCCGAGAUUCUCAGAUUGCAUCUGCUCUCUUCUGGCGCCCGCAUCAACGAGACCGGGGCAAAAUGGAGGUAUGCCCAAAGAGGUGGAUAUACCAGCGAGGACGAUCCAGGAUUGCACUUACGUUUGCACCAACCUCACAUCCUGAGAUCUCUGGGUGUUCACAACGUCGUCCAGCUGCCCAUGUGUGACAAGCUGCAGAUUUUGUCAUGCCUCAUCAAUCAGCUGUUGACGUACGCCGACGUCAGAGAUAUAGUCGAGGAGAGAUUGGACAAAAGCAAACAGUUGAAGUCUGAUUUGAAAACGGUUCAAGUGGCAGAGAAAAAACGUGAACAGGAAUUCGUCACUGCCAAGUAUAAGCUUCAAAAAGAAAUGAAAGAAGACCCGGCAGGACUCAAAGAGGCUUUGGAAAAGUUGGAAAAAGAAGCCGAGAAGAAACAAAUUGAAAAUUCGAGGAAGAUCAGCAAGUUGAUGAAGAGUGUUUAUGAUGAACAAUCACAGAUUGGGACCGAUAGAGCUUACCGGAGAUACCUCCGGCUGGAAUCCGUACCAGGAAUUUUCGUGAACGUCGAGGAACUGAAUGCCGGCGAGUGCAAAACCGAAAUGACCCGGCAAAACGCCGAUUUGGUGAACGCCACGCGGCAGCAGCUGCUCAACCACUUGCGGAAGAUCCACAUCGAGGGGGCUGAUGGCGAGAACAAGGCGAGAUCACCGAAAAAGAACGGUUCUUUGACGUCAAUGUCUUCUCAAGACCUCCAAGCUCACUCAGAUCUUCUCAUGUGCUCUACAAACUCCACGACCUGCAAGGUCCAUUCGUCGUCUAUCGACCAUCCUCGAUGGUCGUUCUUCCACGACGAGUACAGUUUGGAGGAGCUAUCGGGGGCGCUGAAUCCGCGAGGGAGACGCGAAGGCGAGCUGCUGCGCACGCUCAAGAACGACGACGACCGGCUGAGGCGCGUAGUGCAACAUACGCCCGUCAGAGGGCUCAACGGCGAGGUGGAGAUCGCUGUAAAGGAGGAGGACGACCAGAAGCCGGUGUCCAGGAACAACAAAAAGGGCAAGGACCGCUACGAGGACGCCAACUUAGGGUACCCGCCCUCCGUGCCGCCAGAGGGCGCAUUGGAAUCCGCCCUGCUCGACAACCUGCUGGAGAUGGAGGAGAAGAUCUACGGGGGGGGAUUGGGGCUGUUGGCCGUCAAGGAUAGGGACGAGUGGCGCGGCUGUCUCACCGCGAAGCGGUACGACGAUCUGGACAAGGGGAUCGUGAAGAGGGAGAAGGGGAAGGUGUCGAAAGUGAAAAAGGGUGAGAAGACGAAGAACGGCAGCCGCCCCACCACCCCAGAGUCCACCCCUAGAAGCGAGCUCAAGGAGUACCAGGACCCCGGCAGAUUUUUGGGGACGGCCGCCGAAACGGAAGCCCUGGGGCAGUCCGAGAGGCUGCAGAAGUCCGUCAAGGGGCUGGCAGUCGCCUUGGCGCAGGUCGCUCAGGCUGUCGAUCCCAAAUACCUGAAGAAACCCUUGGGUAUGGCGGAUCUAACUAAAACCGACAAAAAACAAGACUACGACUACCUGGACAGAUGGGAGCAGUCCCUUUUGGCAUCGACCAGCUACAGUCAAGUGUUCCUCCACUACGGCAUCUUGGACUCGUGCGUAAUGUGGUCGAGGUCGGCCCUUUUGGCCAGAUGCAGGAUAUGCCACAGGCAGAAGGACUCCGAGAACAUGCUGCUGUGCGACAAUUGCAAUCUGGGCCAUCAUCUGUACUGUUUGAAACCCAAAUUGACGACAAUACCCAAAGGCGACUGGUUCUGUGACAAAUGUAACAAGGAAAAAGAGAAACAAGCGUUGCUCCUGAGCCCUCAGCCGACUCCCGCCAAAAAACGAAGGAUAUUCAGGGACGAGGACAUCGAAGAGGAAGAGGAGAGCAGCGGUGGGGAAGAGGAGGAAGAGGACGAGCCGGACGAAGAAUCGGAAGACGAAAUGGAAGCAGACGAAGACCUGCCUAACGGGGAUUCAAAAAUGGACCUUUGUGCGACCUGUCAGUUUGGCGGCGAAUUGAUAACGUGCGAAAAGUGUUCAUCGUAUUAUCACCUAGAGUGCUGUGACCCCCCCAUGAGGAGGGCGCCCCGUGGAUCGUGGCAAUGCCAUUCGUGCAAAGGGUUCAAAGAGACCAAGGAGAGGAGUGAUAGGAGGGAUAACAAGAAUGAUUCCGUUUAUUCGGAUUCUGGAGACGAGAUCGUCCACCAGAAGCGGUCGCAACGUAAAGAGGGCGACAGAAUGGACCUGCCCUUACACAAUGUGGCGCUGCAAGAGCUCCUCGCCGAGGUUAUGAAGCAGGAGGAGGCGUGGCCCUUUCUCAGGCCCGUCCAGAAGACGGAGGUACCUGAUUAUUAUGAUGUGAUUUCCAAACCAAUGGAUUUCGGGACGAUAAAAUACAAAUUGAAUAUGGGCCAAUACAGGGAGGACAGCGAGCUGAUGCGAGACGUCGUUUUGGUCUUCGAAAAUUGCAACACGUACAAUGACACGGACGCCGAAGUGUACAGAUGUGGGGUCAAGUUGUUGAAGUUUUUCGAGAAAAGGGCCAAAGAUUUGGGAUUGAAGUUGCCCGAGGAGAUGGAAAGUGACGACUGUCGACCCACCAAAAGCAAAAAGCGGAGAACUAAAUGAAAAUGAUAUUUGUUUAAUUUAUUUUUUACACUUAUACUGCUUUCCAUCUGUAUGUAUUAAUUAACACUGUCCCUGUAUUAGAUCAUUAUUUUCUAUUUCCUCGUCUUUACAUAAUUUUAAAUUCGUAGUUUUUCCUGUUUUAGUAGGGACGCACUAUUUAUAAUAAAAUUAUACGAAAUUA